UAACCGGAAACGACGCUUGUGGCUUCCUUACCAACAAGACACUGCUCUGUUUGGUCCUCCUCUCAGUUGGAAAUAAAUAAUUUUCGUGUGAUUUUUGAAGGCAGAAGGAGGAAAAAAUGUCACGAGCAGCAGGAACUCUAGUAACAACCAAUAAUGCGACAUAUUAUCCGCCCAGAUUCAUGCCAGGGUAUCGGGGAUAUUGUCCAACUGUCAAGUUUGACUAUGGAGAGACCUAUGGAAAUGCCACAGCCAAAUAUUUUCAGGAUUAUCGAAACAGUGUGCUAAAUUCAUCAGCAACCAACUACAGCCCAGGAGGUUCAUUCCCAACAUACUACACUCACAGCCCAGACCUUGUCAUCAGCAACCGUAGCCGCAAUCAUGACCGCUGGCUUCUAGCUCCUAAGUAUGAGCUGUCCAACAUGGAUCAUGAUCGAACAGAGCAGCUUCGAAGCCUUCAUUCUCUGUCCCAGAAACAUAGAGAAUUCUACAAAGACAAGAGUGGCACACUCAAGAGCGUGGAUUACUUCAAGAUUCCUCUCUCUGCAGAAGCUCACAUCCAGGGAAAAGAUGUCUUCAUCAUUAUGUCCACCAAGUACACAGAUGGAAUCAACCUGCCUCACCUUGAUCACAUAACUAGAGGCAAGCGUCCCAUUUCACAGUUAUUCCCACAUCCCAGUAUCCGAGAUAGAGCCAUGAGAGAUGCAUACUUUGAGAAACGGUGACUUUGGCUUCUGAUUCUUGAUUAUUUUUUUUCAAAAGGACUCUUUUCAAAGAGUGAAGACCUAUGAAGUAUUUUAAACUGAUUAGUCUUUCUACUUGGGGAAUGGUUAGAAGAAAAUUAUGCAAACCUAAAAACCCAUCUACUUGUGUGCUGAAUAAUGCCUUCAGUUUUACUGGACUUUGUUGACUGGCUUUGAGUUUUGUUUAAUAUUGCUUGCAUCCUUUCUUAAUUCAAUCAUUCCAAAAACAGGCAAUAGUGCAUGUAAGAGAAAUGCAAGUAUUUAAUAAAGAUGCACACUGAGGCAGAUAAAGGGACAUAAUUUAUUAAGCCUAUAUAUUCUGUGACUUAAAAUUCUUUUAGAAUUUAUAGCUCCAUGCAAUUUUGUGAUCAGCUCACUUGAAAGUGCCUGUGUCAUCAUAAAUGAUCUAAACAUUUUUCAAAUGUUAUUUACAACCCAGUCUAAACUACAUUUUAAUACAAGGGGUCCAUCCAGUUCUACUACUGACCAUGUCGAUCUUUCCAUCCUUUUUGUGAACAAAAGACGGGCAUAGGUAUUUAUGUAACGUUUUAAAUAAAAUAUGAUUUAACUUUACUAAGUUUUUUCCAGGUAUAAUAACGAUUAGUCACAUUAAACACAUCAUAAAAAUUAUUUUAAAAAAACAGGAAAGUUUGAUAGUUUUAAAAAGUAACUGAUGAAAAGUUGUCCUCCUAUUUUGUAACUUACUUUGCUAGGAAACAGCAACAAAAAAAAAGGGGCAAUCAACUAAUAAUCAUGUCACAUCCUUAUUGGGUUACACUGUGUUUAGAGAUUUCUUUUAAUAAAGCACAAAAGUAACUGUCAUUUUUAUGCCAUUGUUAUUUUAAGUUUAGAAUAUGUUAUGAUGAUGGAGGAAGGGAUUCAGAUCUUUCAGUGUUUUAUAUAGACUUACAGUUUUCUGAUUGUUUGACAAAUAUGCCUCUCGUGUCAUUGUUUAUUGUGACUUAAUUACAAUUAUUCACCAGUAUCAAAUAUAAAUACCAUCUCUUUACAAA